CUCUAGCUAGAAUAGUUUAGUGUGGAGCUUAAGAGUAAUGGAGUUUGUUGUUGUUUUGACUUAAAAAAUGGAUCCACGAUCCCAAGAUCCAUCAACCCGGCUUAGAGGUCUGGCGAACUUUGCCGGUAGUAUUAAGCUUGAAAGUAGAAUUCCCAUCCAACGGUAUUUUCGCUCAGGAACAGAAAUGUUGAGAAUGGCCGACGUGUAUCACAAGGAAGGCAGUAUUGAAAAUGCUUACACUUUGUACUUGAAAUUUUUAACGAUAUUUGUUGAGAAAAUCAUUGAACACCCAGAGUAUCACACGCUGUCACCAGCAGAACGGUCUCAAUUCACCUCUAAAAUAAAGGAUGUCUUCCCCAAAACUGAGUCCCUGAAGCAGAAAUUGCAUCAGAUCUUCCAGCAAGAGUAUGAUAUGUAUUUAGAAGAAAUGGCCAAGAAAAAACAAGAGGAAAGUUUGAGGUUGGAGAAAGAGAUGGAAGUUCUACGAAUCAGAAAGGAAGAGGAAGAGAAAAGAAGACAGUACAAUGAAGAAAAGGAGAAACUGAUGGGCGGAGUUAGGUAUCAAACACCACCUGAAAAGUUAACUCAGCUAAAACCUGAUGAAAAAGCCCCCACUUUCCCUGCAAACAACUUGUACCCUAGCAAUCAAGUGCCUUCAAUGAUCCACGAAACGAAAGCUUCUGCAAAAGAAGUGCCUGGGUUCGACCGAAACCUCAAACCGCGAACGAUAUUUUUAGGACCUUCCGGAUUAAGAACCGUAGUGCUUCCCGCUGCUCUUUUAGUUGAGUUUAUCUCAUUGGCCAAUUCCAACACUAUAAGCAACGUCGAAACGUGCGGAAUCCUCGCCGGAAAACUGGCGCAAAAUCAAUUUCACAUCACUCAUUUGUUGAUUCCCAAACAAAAGGGUACAUCCGAUUCGUGCACGACUCAGAACGAAGAGGAGCUUUUUGACGUGCAGGAUAAGCACAACCUUGUGACAUUGGGAUGGAUUCACACUCACCCAACUCAAACGGCUUUUUUAUCCAGCGUCGACUUACACACCCACUGUUCGUACCAGUUGAUGAUGCCGGAAGCCGUUGCUGUCGUGUGCGCUCCCAAAUAUAACGAGACUGGAUAUUUCACUCUAACCACUAACCACGGCUUGGAUUUGAUCGCCUCUUGCCGUCAGCAAGGAUUCCAUCCGCAUCCGACCAACCCACCAUUAUUUGAAGUCGCUAGUCACAUUCAAGUUCAUCCAAGCGCUCCCGUAAGUGUUAUCGAUAUGAGAAGGAUCUAAAAAAAAGAAAGUAUCAAAGAAAAUGUGUUACCGAGCGGAUGGGGAGAAUUCCACUUUUGUUUUACGUGUAUAAUCUGUAUUUUUUUUUUCUUCACAAUAUAUAAGUGAUAGACUG